AUGAAAAAAGCCAUUCCGGAGCCACGAGCUUCCUUGAAGCCUACUGCUCAGGCAACGACUGUUGCAGUGGCGCAGGCUCGGAAAAAGAAGAUCCAGAUCAUUCUGCAACUGGUCCCUUCACCGGAAGUUGCUGGGCUCUUUUUCUUCGAGAAGCACCCAGCAGGCAAGCCGCUGAGCGGCGCCAAGUUGGGUCCUCCUUUGGAAACCGUGAAGCGUGAACACGUAUGCCUGGUGCUUCACACCUCCGGGACCACCAAGAAACCCAAGAUCGUGCCCAUCACGCAUGAAAGCAUGGCCAUCGGCGGACUGUGCCAUGCGGCGGCCAACCUCUUGGGUCCGGAGGAUGUCUUCGUGAACACCAUGCCCAUGUUUCACAUCGCUGGAGUAAUGGAGAACCUUCUGAUGUCUGCGUAUAGCGGCUGCAAAUUCAUCGCCUUGCCUGGGCAAUAUCAGGCUCACACCUUCUUUGAAGCCAUGAAAAAGGAGCCCUUGCCCACCAGCUACUCCGCCGUGCCGGCACACCACAUGUCCCUGAUGACUUUGGCCAAGGAAGCAAAGAACUUCGAGAGUCCGCUGAAAGUCAUCCGCAACGACAGUGCGGCAUUGCUGCCUAGCUUGGCUGAGCAGAUGGAAGACUUCUUUCAGGCCACAGUUCUGCCGGCCUAUUCCAUGACAGAGGCAAAUCCGCUCUGCUCCAAUCCCAGAUAUGGAGUGCGGAAGCUGAAGUCCGUGGGCCCUGCCGUUGGGCCAGAGUUGGCUGUUAUGGAAGCCUGGCCCAGUGAUAAGCGCGUGGGUGUGGAUGCCUAUGAUAUCCCAUUCAGCGGUUCCCUUUCCGGAAGCGUCGUGGCUUUCAACGUGGCGAUCGCGAGCAGCGGCGCCUUUCAUCGGUGGCAGAGGGCCUUCAACGUGGCGAAAGAGAUGGAGAACCUGCAGGUUCUACCCACUGUGGUGACUUUCAACGGCCUCAUUUCCUGCGUUGAGGGCUGGGUCCUUGCCACUCAUCUGCUGGAGCAGCUGGAACAGAUCCCGAUGGAGCCGGAUGUCAUCAGCUACAGCAGUGCCAUCAAUGUCUGCGACUGGUUACGUGGCCUUCAUCUUCUCCGACGGACGCCGGAUCCCAACGAGUUUUGCUUCAGCAGCGUAGUGAAGGCACUUGGCAAGGACUGGUGUCGAGGACUCCAGCUCUUAGCAGAGCAGAGCUUCGCCUGCCUUGUGCCCAACGCGGUGAACUACGGCAGUCUCUUGGCGCGAUCCCCGUGGCGCCCUGCGAUGGAAGUCUGCCGGAGGAUGGUCAUGGAGGCUGUCAGGGCAAAUGUGAUCACCUGUGGAAGUCUCAUCAGUUGCGAGAAGGGCUGGCGGUCUGCUUUUGAAGUCUUGAACUUCAUGGAGCAAAACUUCCUGAGGAAGAAUCUCAUCUGCUACAACAGUGCCAUCAGUGCCUGUGAGUCGUCGGAGAUAUGGAGACCAGCGGUUGAAAUGCUGCGGAGCAUGUCAUCACCCAACAUCAUCAGUUUCAGUAGCAGCAUCAGCGCCUGCCAAACAUGGCCAAUGGCCAUGCAGCUGUGCAUGCUGGCCGGCACCUACAGCCUGCGAUCCAACGUGGUGGCUUUAAGCUCCAUGAUCAGCGCCUUCGAAAAAGCUCGACGGUGGAGCCUCGCCAUCCAGCAGUUGCAUGCGACGGAAGCGCCGAACCUCACCUGUUUCAACGCGGCGCUGGCCGCCUGCAAGGAUGCCAGCUGGUUGAUGGUCCUGGAAAUCUGGCGAGAGAUGCGACCAAUGCAGGCACCGGUGUGGGCACCGUCUUUGCCGGUCGCGCUUGGGACCCUGGGUUUGCGAGUCUCAAGCACAUCCCUUUGCACCCCAAGUGGUGUCCGCGGUGCCAAAAAGCGUGUGGGCGAGGAAGGUGAGGUUUGCGUCAAGGGUGCCUGCGUCAUGAAGGGCUAUGAAAUGAGACCGCACAUGGACAAGGAUCCCAAUGCGGAGGCCUUUACAGAUGGCUUUAUGAGGAGUGGAGAUAAGGGAUGGAUAGAUGAGGAUGGGUAUCUCUACUUGAUCGGCCGAUUCAAGGAGCUCAUCAACCGCGCGGGUGAAAAGAUCUCGCCCUUUGAAGUGGAAGAUGCGAUCCGGCGGCAUGCGGAUGUCCAGGACGUGCUGUGCUUCUCUUGUCCACACUCAAUGCUCGGGGAAGCCGUCGGUGUGGUGGUGGUCCCUAAGGAUGGCAAGACGGUCAAGCUCUUCGACCUUCGCCAGUGGCUGAUGAAAGAGAAGGUGCUGCAAGACAAAUGGUGUCCCGAGGUUCUGGUGACCAUGAAGGAGCUCCCGAAAGGUGCGACUGGUAAACCUGCACGCGUGAAUCUGGCCAAAAAGCUGGAACUGGAGCAGUUGGAUGGCAACCUCAAGGAAUUCUCCCACCCGGGCUUCUGA